CUCAUUUCUGUUUCUCUUCAUUCCGGUUAUUCGGCGCGCAGCAGUAUACGAGCUCCGCACGCCUUAAUUUUCUUCCGCUUCUUUUUCAUUUCUUUAUAGCCACAGCUUCACAUAUACCUCAGCGGGUUUAGUCUUUCGGCAAUAGAUUUUAAACCAUAUAUACGAAAGUAUUUCUUCUGUCACGAGAUAUAUUUCUCUGUUGGGUCAUGAUAAUCGAAACGUGCAUGAUCUGUCCGCCAAAAUGGACGCUUUGAAGAAGGUUAUUCUUAUAAUUUUAGCCAUAUCCUUUAUGGUGUUUGUGACCUUUUUCGGUAGACUACCAGCUCUAAGGAAAACACCCAUCGCUUGGUUAUACCGACUGAUAUGGAUUCACUUCCCCAACCUGGUAACAGGUGUUGACCAGAAGCUCACCUCUGGAAGAGUAACUGGAUCACUAAUAUGGAUAUAUAAUCGUCUCAUGUUUGAUCGCCAUCCCACGAUCGUGAUCUUCUUUCUACUGAUCAUGACCGUAUCCGAAUAUUUGUAUCUUCCUCAGAUCUGGCCCAAGAUCAGUCUCUUUACCAAAUCCACCGUUCUCGUCACCGUCGUCGUGCCAUACGUGCUCCUUUAUCUCGCGUGCGCUGCAGACCCAGGCUACAUCACUCGUGAGAAUCAUGCGUAUUACAUGUCUCUCUACCCCUAUGAUCACACUCUAUUUCACCCUGGAAACGAAUGCCGCACCUGCCGGUUCAUCAAACCUCCGCGCUCUAAGCACUGCGAUAUAUGCAAACGCUGUAUCGCCAGGGCCGAUCACCACUGCGUCUUCAUCAACUCCUGCGUCGGCUACGGUAACCACCACUGGUUUCUUCUCCUGCUUUUGUCGGAAUGUGUCUUGAGUACUUAUGGAGGCGUCUUGGGCCUCUAUAUUUUAAAGGCAAAGAUUAAGGCAAUGUACCCGAUGUGGUCACUUUGGCCUCCCAAGGACAUGGACUUCAACAAGUACUUUGCCAUCUGGGGCGUGGGCCUCCACGGCGACAUCCGCGUCGGUGCUUCCACUCUCCUCGCGAUCCUCAUAUCGCCUCUAAUAUGGGCACUUACUAUCUAUACCAUAUUCCUUAUCUACUGCGGCACCACAACCAACGAAUCUAUGAAGUGGACUGAUCUCAAAGAAGAUAUGCGCGACGGCUACGCCUUUCGUCGUCCUUUAGCCCCCAAUCGACCCCAGAGCAAGCACUGGGAGCCUCCAACUCCUCGGUGGCCCUCAUCUCCAGAGUGCAUCAUAAUGACGACUCUAGACGGACAGCCACCAAACAGUGAAAAGAAAUAUCCCGGCGAGGGGCAGUGGGAGCAUGUAUGGGAUUUGAAAGACGUUGAAAACAUAUAUGAUCUCGGGUUCUGGCACAACAUGGGCGAUCUUUUUGUAUCCAACUACGAACCUGGCGACGAAGCAAGUGAGCCUCUUGCCGAGCGCCGACCGCGAGGAAGGAGUAUAUCUACAAAGCUUGGACACCCUCAGUAAAUAAAAGCGGUUACUACAUAACCACACACUACUUUAGAUGUAUUUUACAAUAGCUUCAUAAGAAUCACACCUCGGGGAUUUAAUAAUGGUAUCUGAUGUUUGAGAUUUUUUUGCACAAGAUGGAAC